AUGUUGUCUUCAUCUUUCCGCAAGUCUUCCAAAGUUGCCCCGAAACAGCCUCCGCAACACCUCAGUGAUCUCAACUACGACGUCUGCAUUGUGGGAGCGGGACUGAGUGGAGCCGUCCUAGCAGAGCGCUAUGCCAACGUUCUUCACAAGAAGGUGGUGGUGAUUGAGAAGAGAUCGCACAUAGGGGGCAACUGUUACGACUACGUUGAUGAGCAAACGGGCAUAUUGAUGAAUCUCUAUGGUGCGCAUCUCUUCCACACAGACUCUGAGAAGGUGUGGAGAUACGUCAACCAGUGGCAUGAGGAGGUUCCAUGGAUCCGAUGGGAUCAUGAAGUCAGAGCUGUGGUGGACGGGAAGCUUGUGCCUGUGCCCGUGAACAUCAACACGGUGAACUCGUUGUUCGGUUUGAACUUCCGCAACACUUCUGAGAUGACAAGUUGGUUGAACUCCAUUCAGAAGAAAUGCGACGGAAACUGUGCGAAUGCGAAAGAGAUGGCUGAGAGCCGGGUUGGAAGCGUCCUAUUCCAGAAGAUCUUUGCAAGCUACACGAAGAAGCAGUGGGACAAGGAUGCGAGCGAGCUGGAGCCACUAGUUACUGCAAGAAUCCCCGUGAGGAACGACUUCGACCAGAGGUACUUUUCCGACAGGUUUCAAGCGCUGCCGAAGCACGGAUACACCAAGUGGUUCGAGCGGAUCCUCCGCAGCGACAAGAUCACAGUCCAGCUUAACACGGACUACUUCGCUCUCAAGGAUCUCAAAUGCGGCAAAACAUUCUUCACGGGACCCAUCGACUCCUAUUUCUCAAAAGAAGGGUUGCCAAAGUUAGAAUACCGCAGCAUCCGGUUCGAGAAGACGGUCUUGCGCAAUUCAGGCUUCUUUCAACCAGCUUCUGUCGUGAAUUACCCGGAGCCUAACGUCCCUUUCACGCGCAUUGUGGAAUAUAAACAUUUCUUAUGGCAGAAAAGUGACUUCACGGUUAUAGUCAAGGAAUUCAGCACUGAUGAUGGAGAGCCUUAUUACCCUGUACCCAAGAAGACAAACAUUGCUCUGUAUGACAAGUACAAGGAGCUGGCAAACGAAGCGGAGAAGAAGAGCUCAAUCUUCUUUGUUGGAAGGUUGGCAACUUACAAAUACAUCAAUAUGGACAGAGCGAUCCUCCUUGCGCUGGAGAUGUUUGAGAAGAUUGAGAACAGAACAAGAUAA